AUGGCCGUAAAUUUGAUUAAUUACGCAUUCAAAGGAAAUCUACGGAAAGUAAAGCGUUGUAUUGAAAAUGGCGUUGUUGUGGAUGCUUGUGAAAGUUCAGGAAAUUCAGCUCUUUACUAUGCUGUAUGUCGCGAUCGACGAAAGUGCGUGAAAUAUCUUUUAGAGCGCGGAGCAGACCCAAACAGGUAAUGCAGUUACAGGCUAUAUCCAUAGGGAACCCAUUGGUAUACUUGGUAAGCCCUGGGUUGUUAUCCUUGAGAAAGAAUUUAUAUAGCUAGUCCAGUUUCAGCUGGACGGCUAAAGUUUUAGCUAAUUUUAUAAGUUACAUAAGGAUUGAGGGGACAAUUUCGCCAGCGCUCUCAACGUAACCUUGAAAAAAAAAAGGUUGUAAUACCAUUUGGUAUGAAGACCUAAUGGCGCUCUUUUUGAGUCGCUUCCUGAGACAAGACACUUUACUCAAGAUAACUUCUCCUCCUGAACAUUAGCAUCCAUGCGAUAGCCAGCAAUCUCCUCAGAAGAGGAGCAGUCCUGACUGCUACUUCUCCGUGUGACAAAACUGAUAUUACUAUAUGGACGUGUCAGUCGGGGUGUGACUGUUCUUUGGGAGUCUUCCUUUAUAAGAUGCAUGUAUAAAGUAGCUAAUUACACUUCAUGUGUUUUAUGAAUGACGUAGCAAAUAGCUUGCGUAGAAGAACGGGGCGCACGAGGGAGACACGUGAGAGGAGCGCAUUUUACUUCGAAGCGCUUGCUGGUACUUACUCUAAGCAGCAAACGCCAGUUAACAAUAGUUAACCGAACUGGAAAUAUAUUUCGCUAGGUCGCUACCAAAAAUAAUCACCCCUUUUGAUAUGACCACAAAAUUACGAAAUGAUUCAGGAGUUGUUAGAGACGUGUUUUAGGUAAAACAAUACUGCGUAUACAGCGAGAUAUUCAUUUCAACUGGCUGUCCGUUUGUGGCUCACGCUAAUAGUCGACUUAAACAGUUUUAUUAUCACCCUUUAUUUUUCUGUCACUUUUCACAUACAGAGUAAACAAGGAAGGCUGUACCCCUGUGAAUGCAGCCUGUCUAAACAAAAAUCUUGAAUGCUUGGGAUUGUUGGUCCGACAUGGAGGCUCACUGGGAAAAGUUUCCACUCUUCAGACAGAAAGCGCCAUCGAGUCCGCCCGAUUAACGCGCCAUAAAAAAUUGAUUAAGUUUGUAAGUCACUUAACAAACAAAGACCUUACUGACGAUAGACGUGAUUUCUUGGAACCAACAGAUGAAGAUGGGCAAGAGGUAAUUUUUUUCAAUUUAGUUAAAACACUAUUCGUGCUUAGCUUGACCUCAAGCGGUAUUUCGAAUGCUUUCCCGCUACACCUAGCGUGUGUUCAGACACCCACUCCACUCCAACAAAUCCCCCUGAGUUUGUUUGAGAGGGAAGGGGGCGGCUGUACAGAUAUAAACAUAUAUUUGUAUCUUCUAGGGGGAAGACAGCAACCAUUCCUUUCCAGAGUUGUCAGCUGCUGUGCCUCAAAUAACAGGUGACCAGUUAAAAGCGCCUCAAAUGAAAUUGCUGGAUGAUCUGCCCCACAUGACCCUACAAAAUGCACUGUGGUUUUCCACACCCGUGACAGUGAAGCACUUUAAGGGCAAAGAAAGUAUGAAGCAGCUUCUGAUGAAAGAGGCAGAUCUACUUAGGUAAAUAUUUGACUGAUCCACUGACACCGUAGACCACGAGCAGUCUCCUUUUUUUCUUAGUCUUUCGAGCGAAGCGCGCGAGACACGAAAAUAACCACGCCCGUUGCUACCCUCGUUUCUUGCGCCUCUCGACUUCGCCGCUCGACGCUCGCGCGCUGGUGCACUCUCCUAACUAAAUCAGGGAAAAAGAGGGACCGCUAGAAGUCUACUCACACCGUUUUUCAACCACAGUCAGCCCUCUAGGUCGGUCUCAGGCCUUCUUUACAUGCAAUAGAAGAUACGUCUAGCUGUUUUCACUUGAUACUAAUUUAAAUGAAGAUACCCUAGAAGCAUUCAGUUGCUGUGAUGACAAUAAAAGCGUUUGCAAAUCAACCCGAACAAAUGUAGGGGCUUAAAGGGAAUUUAACUCAUGGCUCCCGCGGAUGCGUUAGCGUUGCAGUGCUCUACCAAAAGAACCAUAAACUGGUAGCAGGCCAAUUGAGUUGAGUUGAGUUGAGUUCAUCUUCACCUUCGCGUACGCUCUGGAGUAAAUAAGACAUUCUUUCUUUAUCCACUGACGUGUGUAGAUGUGCAAACUGAAUAAUUUGAACUACAAUAAUUUAAUUCAUUUUUUCUUUCAGCUGGCUACGUCAUCCGCGAUUCACUCUUCUAAUGGCAGUAUGCCUGGACUAUGAUCCUGAAAACAGCUGUUUAGUUCUGGAGCAUUUUGAAUUAGCAUCUCUCAACCACCUUCUUUACAAGACCAACACUGAAAUAAACCUACCCCAACGGGUACAUAUUAUGUUGGAUGUAGCAGAAGGAAUGACAUACCUUCACGACCAUUCUAUAGUGCACAGCUUUCUUAAUUCCUUGUCCAUUUUAAUUCAUGAAAAGUUUAGAGGAAAGAUAGGCAACUUGGAGUAUUCACAAGAGACUAAAUGUGAAGAACAAAUUCAGGACGACGUAUGCUCAAUCCAAAAGAACUGGAUGGCACCCGAGCAGUUGUCAGGCACGCCUCCCAAUAUGUCGAGUGACGUUUACAGGUUUGUUCCUUUCUUCACCAUUCUUUUUUCUUGUCUAAUCAAGGCCAAAUGAUUCGUACCAAGAACCAGUUAAUUGUCCAUUGCUUUCAGCCGUUUUUGUCUGUACGUGUAAGAUGGUAGCCAAACGGGGCGUGAUGAGCGACGUACGAGUUCUUCUCAACUUUCAAAACAGCUUAAUCUUGCGGGCACAUGAAGAGGGGACAUACAUGAAACCACCACUCCUGCUUUUUGAGGGGCAUUUUCGACAGGGGAACUGGUAAACACUUUGAUCCCGGUUCAGAAACUGAAUACUACACCUGACCCAGUCGAAAACAAGUCGUAUGCGCAUCCAUUCAUCCUUUUUAUUAGUAAAUUUAUGGUACUUAACUAUAGUUAGAACAAGACAGAUAGCCACCAUUCAACAUCAGAUUUCACUAACACAAACCAACAUCCAAUUUUUCAAUCAGCUUUGGCGCCCUCAUGUGGGAGAUUCUGGCCAGAAAGGUUCCUUGGUCCUGGCUGCAAAAGAGCUCAGUCACUCAGGCUGUCUGUGUGGAUCACAAAUCGCUACCUAUGUUGGAUAUUUGGCCGUUCUAUGUUCAGUCUAUUAUAAAACCGUGCCUUCAUGAUGCUGCAGCUCGACCGAACUUCCGUGCUGUUCAUAGUAAUCUCCUGGCUAUUAAGGACAGUGGCGAGGAUCUAACUUCAGUGGUUUUGGAUGGGGCUUUUCCUUACUGGCUGGAAGAAGAGUAUGGUGUUAUAUAUAGUGAGAUCCGCCCAAAUUCAGGACCAUCACAGCCAAAUAAGUGUAGGUCCUCGGAUAUUCAUGUAUUGCUUAGGCGCUCUUCGUCUGCAGUCCAUCAUCACCAGAGACGCCGGAGCACGUCUGUCAAGGCAGGACUGAGAGAUCUUUUGAAAGUAAUGUCAGAUCACUCUAAGAAUUCUCCCAGGGAAAAAGAGAUUGAACGAUUUGGUUACCAGAUUGCCGAGCGGUUGGCGUAUGUUCGAAACAUUCGUCGACACGCGCGAAAUCAUAAUCGUACAGGAUGGGCAAAGGAAAUUGUUUUGACAAGAGCGUUAGAAGGAGAUAUAGAGCGAAUCAAAAAAGCAGAGCAAUCAGGAAUACCAAGUAAAGCAAAAGGAAAACAAAUGAGCAGGCACGGAAGGCGGUAUAGUGUCUUUGACGAGGAAGGUUUUGAACGAAUACAAACGAUAUCUUCUAAGUACAAGAAAAAGAAUUGGUCCAAAAUUUUACAUGGAGAAGAGAAAUUAAAGAAUUCAAUGGAAGGGUUUAAGAGACUGGUAUUUGAGGAGCUUAACGCUCAAGGCUACGAAAAUGAACUGCUGACUGUAAGUAACGAUGUUUCAGAACAAAGCGAAGUAUAUGAAGAUUUGGGUAACGCAAUCAAAACAAGAAAAGCUCAAAUGGAAAGUACUUGUUCACUGCCAGAGAGUAAGGAAAGCACCCCAAAUAGAAUAAAAAGGCAGGAUUUAACAAAGAGUCAGGCAGAAAUGAGUAAUGCAGGCUCUGAAGUCUUGGAACUGUCAAGUUCCGAGGACCCAAAGAUGUCGAUGUAUGCUAAGCCCUAUCAGAAAAAUAGGAAUUCUGUUCCAAAGGAGAUGAGUAUGACAGAAAACGGAAGUGAACGUAAGAAAGUAGCAACAGAGUCACAUGAAAAAGGUUCAAGCCAAAUGACAAGAGGCACAUUAGAAAUGAGUGGAGCAGAUCUGGUGCGCGCACGAUCCCAGUUGGGGAAAGUAACUCUAAAAAACUCGACAUCAGAUCUUAAGGCUGACAUCACUGAUAGAGCUGACGCCAACCGCAAUAAACAACAAAACACCGAAGUAACACACUCUGACAUUCACGGCUCUAGUUCCCACGGCCUGUACGCCAUAUCAGACUUUUUACGAGAAACGGAAUCGUUCAGAAAAGAACGUUCAGAAAUGAUAGCCUUACGAAGUCAAAAUACUUCAAUCUCAAGCGCAGUAGUAGAGGGUAGCUACGCAGAGAGAAUGAUUAACAGUCGGCCCAGAGCGCAGUCCGCUAGGCAUGCGCAGCCACGUCGAAAAUCACGGAGCAGAACAGUUUUGUCAGAUAAAAGAGUCAGCAUAAAUGGUACAGUAGCAAAUGUACCACAAGCUUACCCUAGCAGUAGUCGUGACCUCUCGGGCGUUAGAGUCGAAAGAUCAAAUGGACAGCCAAUGUUCAGGCUGCGAUCAAAAUCUGACUAA